CUAAUUUGACCAAUGAAUCUAAAACUAAUUCACGAGGCUCUUCAACUAAUUCAUCUUCAAGCUCUUACGGUUCUUCUGGCUUGAGCCAAAAAUUUGCAAAUAUCAUUUCUGUAAUCCGGGAAUAA